CACAUCUCUUUCUGCAUGGUGGAUAUUAUUUUUCAUUAUCCUUUUCUGGGUGCUAUGGGGGAUCAUUCCAAGAAAAAGCCCGGAAUUGCCAUGUGUGUGGGCUGUGGGAGUCAGAUCCAUGACCAGUACAUCCUGAAGGUCUCCCCGGACCUCGAGUGGCAUGCAGCAUGUCUCAAAUGCGCUGAAUGCAGCCAGUACUUGGAUGAAACCUGCACUUGUUUUGUGAGAGAUGGCAAGACAUACUGUAAAAGGGAUUAUAUCAGGUUAUUCGGCAUAAAGUGUGCAAAGUGCAAGGUGGGAUUCAGCAGCAGUGAUCUGGUGAUGAGAGCCCGGGAGAACGUGUAUCACAUCGAAUGUUUCCGCUGCUCUGUCUGCAGCCGCCAGCUCCUGCCCGGGGAUGAGUUCUCUCUACGGGACCACGAGCUGCUCUGUCGGGCCGACCACAGCCUUCUGCUGGAUAGGAGCUCGGCGGAUAGUCCCAGGAGCCCCGGCCAUUUACAGAGCACCAGAGGCCUGCAUCUAUCAGACUCCGUGCCCGGCCGCCAGCCCUCUCUCCGGCCCCACGUGCACAAGCAGACGGAGAAGACCACCCGCGUCCGGACGGUGCUGAACGAGAAGCAGCUGCACACGCUGCGGACCUGCUACGCGGCCAACCCGCGGCCGGACGCGCUGAUGAAGGAGCAGCUGGUGGAGAUGACCGGCCUGAGCCCCAGAGUGAUCCGGGUCUGGUUCCAGAACAAGCGCUGCAAGGACAAGAAGAAAUCCAUCCUGAUGAAGCAGCUGCAGCAGCAGCAGCACAGCGACAAGACAAGUCUGCAGGGCCUGACCGGGACCCCCCUGGUGGCCGGGAGCCCCAUCCGCCAUGAGAGCGCCGUGCAAGGCAACGCCGUGGAGGUCCAGACCUACCAGCCCCCGUGGAAAGCGCUUAGUGAAUUCGCAUUGCAGAGCGACCUGGACCAACCUGCCUUCCAGCAGCUGGUAUCCUUUUCCGAAUCUGGCUCCUUGGGUAACUCUUCUGGCAGCGAUGUGACCUCCUUGUCUUCCCAGUUACCUGACACCCCCAACAGCAUGGUACCCAGUCCUGUGGAGACGUGAGACCAGCACACCCCCCAGCAGAUUUGGACUUUCGCAUGCUCCUGCUCCCUGCAUGAGACAAGCCCAGCCUCAGGCUGGCCCAGAGCUCCA